UGAAAUGUUGGUGAGGACUCACAGGUAGUUAUAUUUUGGUGCCAUGACAUGACAGUGUGGCAUGGCAGUUCAUUUAAGGACACUGUAAACGCAUGGUUUUACGCACUGAGGGCCACAAUGCAGCUGCGGCAGGUAUUCUGGGCGUGGUUUAAACCAUAGGUGUGUGAGGAAGAGGUCGGUGUCAGCAUUCCCAGCUCGCGACGAUACAGGAAGACCCACUGACAUCUGGAUUUAACUCAAACGACGUGCAAAUAGACGCUUUCUAAACACUAGUUUAUAAAUUGAGGAUCCAUACCUGCCGACAGGUUGGGGAAGGUGAACCUGAUCCUGCUGGACUUCAGUUGGAGCGCUUUUGGAAGAUGCAUUCCGCCAGAUAUGCGUACGAUGGCCACAACAGCCAUCAUGAGCGGAUUGACUUCUUAACCAGCAAAGAGAAGGGGUCAUCAAAGCGGAAGGUCGGCAUCGUGAUCGGGGUCCUUGUGGGGCUUCUCAUCCUCGCGGCUAUUGCAGCGUUCCUUAUUUGGCUGUUUGUCUUUAAAAAUGCUGAAUCAGAUAGCAUUCUCAGUAUGCAGAACAGCCAACUGACACGGGUCUUCAGUGGGCAUAUGAAGUUGGCCGAUGUACCUUAUAACCAGAAGCUGGAGGAUACCAAAAGCAAGCAAUUUGAGGACUUGGCGGUCAAACUGGAGGCAAUUCUGAAGAACAGCUACACGAACGAUGAGCUGCUCGACAAAUACCACACUAAGUCUGUGGUCACGGCUUUCAGUGAGGGUGUAAUAGCCUACUACUGGUCCCAGUUUAAUAUUCCAUUCGAAGACCAGGAGCUUGUGCCGGAGUUCACGGAGGAACGGGUGUCUGAGGUACUGGAGAAUAGCAUUAAGGUUAUGCGCAGAACAGCAAGCCGUGAGGAUAUCAGCAUCACUGACAUCACCUGCUCGGCCACAGAUUAUCGCAUGGCCAGGAACCCCAGAGCCAAGGAGUGUUUCCACCGUCUGGAGGCUACAGAAAAGGAACAAAAAUUUGUGUCACCAGGGUACCCCAAAGGCUACCCCGCCAAGUCUCGGUGUCAGUGGCAAAUCCGUGCUUCGGAGAACAGCGUCAUUUUUGUCACUUUCCCUUUUUUCCACGUCGAGGAUGACUGUUCUGAUGACUUUGUCUUCAUCUACGACUCGCUGAGUCCAGAUGAAUCUCAGGCCAUCACAGAGAAGUGUGGUCAGAGGCCCCCCUCAAACCCUCUGGAGGUAGUGUCAUCCGGCAACAUCAUGCUGAUAAAUUUGAUUACUGACAGUGAUGUCCAGAGGCCUGGCUUCGAGGCCAAGUAUAAAGCCAUCCCCAGGUCUAAAGUUGAAACCUGUGGUGGCCUCCUCUCUGAUAAACAAGGAGUCUUCACCUCCCCACUUCACCCCAGCUUCUAUCCUCCUGCCAUGGACUGCAAGUGGACCAUUAAGGUACCUGCUGGGAACAAGGUGCGGUUGAGGUUCAACAUGUUCCGCAUGAAAGAGCCUGGGGUGGACACCCGUGUGUGUAACAAAGACUAUGUCGAAGUUAUGGGUCAAAAGUAUUGUGGAGAGCUGACGUCUUUGGCUCUGACCAGCACCACCAACGUCGUAGAAGUGAACUUCCACUCCGAUGAGUCCUACACUGACAAAGGCUUCAGUGUCGAGUACAGCGCUUACGAUCCCGAAAACCCUUGCCCCGACAAGUUCGCCUGCAACUCUGGCAUCUGCAUUGGGAAAGAACUGAAGUGUGAUGGCUGGAACGACUGCGGUGAUAUGAGUGACGAGAGGAAAUGCAAAUGUGAGAAGGAUCAGUUCACUUGUGCCAACAGCAUGUGCAAACCCAGACUCUGGGUGUGUGAUCGUGUCAACGACUGCGGAGACGGGAGCGAUGAGGAAGGUUGCAGUUGUGACGAGAAUGAGUGGCGCUGUGGUGACGGGACAUGUAUGCCUCAGGAUGUUGUGUGUGACAAGAAGAUGGACUGUGAAGAUGGAAGCGACGAGGCCUCUUGUAAAACCUCUCCGGGCAUCUGCUCUGACUUCAGCUUCAAGUGUGAGAACAGUGAAUGUGUCAACAAGGUGAAUGCCGAUUGUGACCGCGUCAACGACUGCUCUGAUGCCUCCGACGAGUCCGGCUGUAAUUGUGGCACCAGGCCCUAUAAGCUGAACCGCAUCGUAGGAGGGCAGAACGCUGAGCUGGGGGAGUGGCCCUGGCAGGUCAGCCUUCACUUCAGGACAGACGGACAUGUUUGUGGUGCUUCGAUCAUAUCUGAGACGUGGCUCCUUUCGGCUGCACACUGCUUUGUCACCUCCAACCCCCAGAACCAUAUUGCAUCCAACUGGCAAACCUACAGUGGCAUGCAGAACCAGUACAGUCAAGAUGGCGUACAGCGCAGAGGACUGAGGAGGAUCGUCUCCCACCCGGAUUAUAACCAGAUGACCUUUGACUAUGACAUUGCACUGCUGGAGCUCAGCGAACCGCUGGAGUUCACCAACACCAUCCAACCCAUCUGCCUACCCGCCUCCUCCCACGUCUUCCCUGCAGGCAUGUCCUGCUGGGUCACAGGCUGGGGCGCGCUCCGAGAAGGAGGUCAAAAGGCACAGGUGCUGCAGAAGGCAAUGGUGAAAAUCAUCAAUGACACGGUGUGUAACGUGGUCACUGAGGGCCAAGUCACCUCCAGGAUGCUCUGCAGCGGAUUCUUGGCUGGAGGAGUUGAUGCAUGCCAGGGAGACUCCGGAGGCCCCAUGGUGUGUUUCGAGGAGAGUGGGAAGUGGUUCCAAGCCGGCAUCGUGAGCUGGGGUGAGGGCUGCGCUCGUCGGAACAAGCCUGGUGUCUACUCGCGCGUCACCAAGCUGAGAGAAUGGAUCAGGAAGGAGACAGGGGUUUGAUGAUGUCAGUAGGAACAGGGAGGGAUGCGGAGCAGGGAACAGCAUCAUAGUGCUGAAAAUAAUGGAGACGGAACAUUUGAGUCUUGAUUCGGGACGAGUCUCUCCAAGAUUUAUUCAUUUAGCAGCAGACUGAGGAUACUGUUGCAUGGACCCAACUACUCACAUGAAUGACUUGAAGCACUUUAUGUGGAUGCCGACCUCCAUCCUCUCGCUCCUGCAACACACACACACACACACACACACAUGCACAAACACAUACACAUAAACCACACUAAGUCAUAUUUUGUAUAGUUUUUUUAAGGCAUGAAUCAGCACAUUGCAUUCACUGAAAGCAAAUCUUGAAAUACACAUAUUCUUUGCCAAAUGUAACUCUUUAAGAUGGAUGCCAAAUCUAAAAAGUUUUUAAAAAUGAAAUUGUGUUUUUAAGCCUUAGCAUUGUGUACUUCUAAACAGGUGAGAUGCCUUUAUCCUCUUGGGCUGCAGUCAAUGUUGCACUUUGCCAGUGGGCUCAUGCUGUAGAUCUUUCUGUAAAUUUGGGGUUUUAUUCAUCGAUAUCUUACAGGACCAGAACUCUUGUUUUAGCCUUUUUACUACAAAACACUUGCACAUAACUGACGAUUGUUUUGCAAAGCAUAGCAUCGGUUUUUAGAUGGAUUAAAGCAUUUUUAUCUACCUA